UCCGACGAAGCCCGUGCGCGUGGAAAACCCGUCACGGCAUGGACGAGGAUUAGGCACAAUAUGAGGGAGCCGUUUUCGGAGUUCAUGGGGACGAUGACGAUGAUUUCGUUUGGAGACGGUGUUGUUGCGCAAGUUGUGUUGAGUAGGGGAAGCCAUGGUGAUUAUCAGAGUAUCAAUUGGGGAUGGGGUAUUGCGGUCAUGCUCGCCGUGUACGUUUCUGGUGGUGUGUCCGGUGGUCAUCUCAACCCUGCCGUCACGCUUGCCAACUGCGUGUUCCGCAAGUUCCCAUGGAGGAAGUUCCCGAUUUAUCUGAUUGCGCAGGUAUGUGGAUGCUUCAUGGGUGCCGCGAUCGUCUACGGAAACUACCGCUCCGCAAUCGACACCUACGAAGGCGCUGUCGGCCUCCGUACCGUUGGUCUCGAGAACUCCACUGCCGGGCUUUUCUGCACGUACCCUCAACCCUUCCUCACCCGCACCGGACAAUUCUUCUCCGAGUUUACUGCGUCGGCGAUUUUGAUGAUGAUUCUCUUCGCGAUCGGUGACCAGGACAACAACCCCGCUGGUGAUAAAGGUCCUCUCGUGUUGUUCUUUAUCAUUUUCGGUCUCGGCUGUGCUUUUGGGUUCGAGACCGGCUAUGCCAUGAACCUCGCCCGUGACUUCGGCCCCCGUCUCUUCUCCUACGCUGCAGGAUAUGGCUCCGGCGUCUGGACGGCGGGUAACUCAUACUGGUGGAUCCCCUGUGUUGCUCCGUUCUGUGGCUGUCUCUUUGGUGGGUUGGUGUAUGAUCUAUUGUUGUUCACGGGUGACUCGCCUGUUAACCGCCCGAAUUUCGGAUUGUGGCGG